UCACCAAGGAGUCAUUCAUUUUUUAUCGACGUUUAAUAUAACCAUCUGUGUUUGCUGAAUUUAUUUAGCUGCAUUGCUGCGGUUUGAAUUUUAAGUUAAAUUUGUUUUAGAGAUAAUUUGCAAUUCCUUUAAAAAUAAGUUAAUUUGUUGCAGCAAAGCAAUAGCAAUAGAAUUACCGCAAAACCUCAAAUAGCACAGCUUUACGUGUGUAAAUAAAUCUUAUUCAAAAUGUCUACGGAAUCACAUGUCGACGUUGGUAUUCAUGAUGAAGAUAUACACGAUAGUACCUACCAACCGCCACCGGAAAAGACCAUUGAAGAAAUAAUGGCCGUUGAUCAAGAAGAUGAAAGCUUACGACGGUAUAAGGAAGCUUUGUUGGGUGCUGCGCAAGCGGAAAAAAUCAUUUUCGAUGCAAACGAUCAGCGUAAAGUGAUUGUUAAGAAAUUGGCUUUAGUAGUGGAAGGUCGCGAUGAUAUGGAAUUAGAUUUGACUGGGGACUUAAGUCAAUUAAAAAAACAGGUAUUCGUCAUUAAAGAAGGUGUUCACUAUAAAGUGCGCAUAGAUUUUAUUGUGCAAAGAGAGAUUGUUCAUGGCCUUAAAUACGUACAAAAGACUUAUCGAAUGGGUGUACCAGUUGUUGUUGACAAAAUGACACAUAUGGUCGGCUCAUAUCCACCGAAAAAAGAAAUUCAAUUCUACCUAACACCCUCAGAGGAAGCUCCUUCGGGCAUGAUGGCACGCGGUACAUAUUCAGUAGCUUCGCUUUUUACGGAUGACGAUAAGCAUAUACACCUCAAAUGGGAUUGGACUUUUGAAAUUAAAAAGGAUUGGGAGUAAAGUGAUGUAAAAAGUAUCGGAACUUAACAUGAUUGCAUUACAACUGAUAUCGUGUCAAAAGUCAAAACGUUGAAAGUUCUUCUAAUUGAUAUUCUAAAGCAAUUUCCGUAUUAACUGAUUUAUAUUUCGACGGUUUAGUUAAGUAAACAGUGUAAAAGCAAAGCAGUGCAUGCAAAAGCGGUACGAAAAGUAUUAUAAGUUCUGUAUUUAGCGAUAACUUGUUAAUCAUCUCGAUGUAUAACCUUUCUUGUGACAUGUUUAAUGGUAAAUUCUUGUUUCGAAGCAAUACUUAUUAAGCCAAAACGAAAAAAUAUUAAAAUCUUGUCUUUGUCAGUUUUAUAAUGCAUACAUAUGUGUACACAUUAAAAUUAAUAUUUAGCUUAUGGACUGUCCAUUUUUUCUUCUAGAAUCGACGAUAUGGUUCAUGGUUGUGUAAAUAAAGUGCCCAGGUUUUUUAGACUACAGAGCUCUAUUCUAACAUGUGGGGUUGCCUUGUAUGAUUUCUAUAAUAAUUUGUAAUCCAAUAAAUUUUGUAUGCGUAUAAUGAUUGUUGAUGUUAUUUAAUAAAUUCAAGAGUACUUCGGAGAGCCAGAUUUUGAAUUGGACGACAUAUUGUUAAGUUCUAGAGUCUGCUCUAAUAAUGACCAUACAAUAAUUACUUCUCGAUUUGGUAAACAUGUCAACUAAAAAUAAAGGCCCUCAAUCACCGCUAAAUCACAUAUUUUAUUAAUGUUUUUUAUGUGAACGUAAGCGCAGAUUUUCAAAAGUAAGGAAAAAUAAAAUAAUAAUGCAUAAUUGUAAUUAAAACUACAAAAGUAAAUUCUAACUGAAAAGGCAAUGCUAAGCGUAGUCAUCUUUUAAUAAUGGAAACAACGCGCUGAUUAAU